AUGUCCAACUUCUUUGGCUUCGACACGGUCAUGCCCGGCCGCCAGGGCGGUAAGAUCGCCUUGAACCUGGAAGAGCAGCAGGAGCUCGACCGCCAGGUCCAAAAGUAUGCCCUUGAGACCGGCGAGGACUUUGAGAUUUACGACUAUGGCGAGACCUAUGACAAUCUGGCGGAUGGUCUUGAGGAGACCAGAGACAACCUCAACAGCGAGACCUUUGGAACCGACUUUGACUUUGCCAGCAACACUCGUCAGAUUGCCCCUGCUCUCAAGAAGGAAGAGGAGUUAUACAUUAAGCAGAACGAGCAUGCUGGUGCCCGUCGCUCGUCGUUUGCUUCGCUGUGGGGGAAUGAUGGGAGUGCGCAGCAAGACAGCUUCAAGAUGGGUCUCCCUGAGCCCUCGCAUGCCGCAUCCUCGAUCUGGGGUCCCUUCAGCAACACCUCAGCUAAGGGCAUGGAUCUUGGCGGACGAAAUGCAGGAUUUGCUCACGACCCUGUCUUUGGCGUGGGCACCUUUGCUCUCUCGCGACCCAGCGCUUUUGGUGGCAACCAACCCAGUUUGGAAGAGAUCGAGGCUCAGCUUUUGAGGACUGCCGGUACUCAACCUCAGUUGCAGAUGCACCAGGAACGCAAGAUGAUGAGUUUGGAGGAAGUCGAGGCUGCUCUGAUGAACAUCAACGGAGGACGUCCCAUUUACUCUGAGGCAAUGAUUGCGGAGCAGGAGGCCAAGCGGGCCCGUGUGGAGAAGCGCCGCGCUGAGAGACUGGCUAAGCAGGCCGAAACCGCCAAGCACAACGGUUUGAUGACACAGAGCGACAAGGACUUUAUCAAUCGUAUUCAGAUUUCUCAGCUUGUGACAGACGAUCCCUACGCAGACGACUUUUACUGCCAGGUCUACACGGCUCUCCGCAACAGACAUCUCCAGCAGAUGGGUAUUCCCGGCAACGUGAUGAAUUCCGGAUCUGCACCUAGCGAUAACAGACACCGAGGAAAUGAUCGCACUGAGCACCGUAUGCAGUUGCAGGUCCAGAGGAUUGUCAGCGAUGCCAAGCGUAACCCCAAGCGCACCAAUGUUACGGUGGAGGGAGCUCUUGGAAAAAUUGCUGUCAACUCUGUGCUAAAUCCUCGCCAGUUGUUGCAGGUCUCAAAACGCGGCUCUACCAACGAUGUCUCUGCAGGAAACUCGCCCAAGCCGCCAUCACCUGGAUCUGUCAGCACUAAAUCGCACACGGUGUUGGGAUGGAUCGAGAACGUGUACACAUAUGUGCUGGCUCUGGAGCAGAAGCGACGACAGCUGCCACCGCCUCCCCGACUCGGCGAGGAGGAGUUGGCCAGAGAGGCGAUUCAGCGUUGGAGCGAAGAAUACGGUGAGCUUGCGCGCAAGAUGUGGAACGAACUCCGAAUCACUGUCCCUAUCGGCAAAGUACACCCCCAUCCAUUCAUUUCAAUUUUGAACUACUCGAAGGGCAAGAAGGUCAUCCCGCGUGUUCUUCGCCAUUUGCUGCCAGAGCAGACCUUGACGCUUUUGACGAUGCUCGUCGCCAAUUUUGAAUCGCUGAACGUGUGCAAGUCGGAGGUGUAUGCGGACGUUCAAGGAAAUCAGGAGAUUGAGCUGUUCAUGAACACGAUUGUGCCACCACUUCUCGGAUUCGUCUCGGAAGCGCCGUUCAGAAUCGUGGUCGGAUUGUUGGCGUUGUUUAUUGAGCGCAACAACAUGAUUUGGGUGGCAAGGAGCAAGCCUGGUCUGGCGUUCUUGACGUUGUUCUUGAGCCGAGCAGAGAUUUUGAAGCAAGGACAUGGCAACUAUCCAAUUCCGGAUGAGCGCGAGAUUCAGCAGUGGAACGAGCUUUAUAACCGAUUGUUCAGUCAGUUGCAGACGCAUUUCUCGGCGCUGUUCAUGCCGACGGCGACAAUGGCCGAGGAUGUGCACGUAUGGCGUUUCUUAGCUGCCAUGGCUGUCGGUGCCUCUGUGGAGCAGCAGCAUGUUCUUGUUACAGAAGUCAGGGAGCAAGUACUGGAGAAUGUAGUUGCCGCAAAGACAUCGCGUUCGACCCCCGAGAAGGCCGCGCAGAGGAUUGCGAACGUGAACUUGUUUUUGCAUGCAUUGGGCCUGGAUGCCUCCCAAGUUUCUGUCCCUGCUAUGUAA